AAUCGACUGACAAAAGAUAAAGCACAGGGAUAAUUGUUUAAUCGCUGUUUCUGUUAAAACCUAUCAACAGGUGACUUAUAAAUUAAUUUCCAAAGUUGCCAAAAAUGUUAUCACAAGUACCGUGCGUGAUAUUGAUCACAAGAUCGACAGUCAGUUGGCAAUAGGCCAGGCUUACUAAGAAUUGGGUUUGUCAGCAGCUCCGAUUAAGUAGAAUUACCGCCCUAUGGAAAUAAAUAUACUUGAACAAUUCCCGUGGAUGCAGAACUGUUAGCCAGAACGCUCUCACUCCCCACCUGCACACCAGGCAUGACUUCAGUGAAUGGUAUUGAUGGAUGCUGAGACCUGAAAUAUAGACAACGUAUCUCGGGUACCAUGCAAGUAUCUAACAAUUACACUUUUUCAAAGAAGGGACAGUAAAGAUAUAGCAAAAUACAGAGGAUGGAAAAACAUGAGAGAAAUCUACUUAGGUACUUGGAAGAUGGUAAGAGGCAAUCUCUCCGACAGCUUUCAGAAGGCAUCAAAUAUGCCAAUCAAAUAAUCAACAAGGAGAAACUGUCCAUUCAGUCUCGGGAAACAUUGAGCUUUUUCCAAAAGUUGGCAGAGUUACAUAAAAUGCGAGCAAAUCGUUACAAAAAUCAGGCAGAAAUCGAUUCAGACUUGAGUGUGGCACUGUCAGCUUAUGAAGAUCUCUUCAAAGCAUCAUGUAUCCUUGGUUUCUGGGAUAAAAGCUUGGCCUCAGAUAGAAAAUGUGUUUUACCACUCAUAUCUGGACAGUUGACAAAAAGCCAAGGCCAGCCUGCAGUAUUUGCAAGAGCUAAACAAAUGCUGAAGAAGCUGGAGGAAUGUGGCAGGAAGACCUUGAUUGAAGGGGACAAGGCUGGAGCAAUGUUUAUCUACCAAGAUGCAGCAGAGCUUGGAAAAUACUUGCUUCAUCUUCAAAAGGAGUGUCCUGAUACACAGCAGCUGGCUGCAAAAUGUCAUGUUUCUUAUGCUGAGAUUUUGUACAACAUGGGAUUUGAUAAAGAAAGCUGUCAGGAAAAGGGGCAUCAUCUGGAAACUGCUUUAAAAGCCUGUACAGAUGGCAUUGAAAUCAUUCAAAGCAAAUGUAUGGAUUAUGGUGCAAAUGGGCACAUGGGGCAGUUGCAUUUUUGGAAAGCAAAUGUAUUAAGAUGCCAAAAAAAAUAUUCUGAAGCAAUGGAUGCAGUUAACCUAGCAAUUGAAUGUGAUUCCAAGAAUGAAGAUUUCCUAAAUGAUCUCAAAUAUUCCAUUUUGGAAGAGUGUCAAGAAUUUUGUUUUACAGAAACACAUGAAAGUGAGGCAUUCAGUGAAGAAAUACCAGACCUUGCCUCUUCCGAAAAAGAAUAUUCUUCCAUUAUGAGUGAGAAAUUGGUAGAUACCAGGACAUAUGCCAACGUUACUAGUGGUUUGAGUAGAGAAAAUCUAUCACGGUCAGAUUCCAUAGCAUCUCUGUCAUCUGUCACAUCCUUAGUGAAAAUCCCAGGUGUAAAUUUAGACCCUGCUGAACCUGUUUCAUCUGCAUGUGCUGUUGCCUCAUCAGAAGUUCCUUCUGUGCAAGAAAAGGAGUUCAGAAAAUUUCAGAUAUUUGAAACUUGUGGUCAGUGCUACAAAGAAGAUCACAAAAGAUUGGUUGCAAGACAAAAAAAUAAAUGUGAAAAAAGAAAUCAUACCUGGAAUCCAGUUUUUGUUUGUAAGGAUAAUGUUGAACCCUCCUGUCAGUAUGUCCAAAUCCGAAAACCACAUACACAAACGUAUUUUACACCACGCUUAUGUAAAUAUCUGAAUACAAAAUGGGGCUGUAUAAAAAAGGCAUGUAACUAUGCCCAUAGUAAGCAAGAGAUGUUGGUGUGGAGAUGGAUGAAACGAAACCAAGUUUCUGAGUUAACUGAUGCUUUGCAAGCAUCAGAAAGAUAUUUUCAAACAGUAAAGCAGUGCCCAAGAAGUCCUAGCAAAAAGCCUAGCAUCAAACAUGUCAGUGCAAAAAUACCAGUUUCCCAGGCUCAUUUUUAUGAGUGUGGUGUGUGCUGCAAGAAGUGGAAACACAGGUCUGAGUUUGAUAAACAUCUUAACUCAGAGAAACACCUUCAGCAACUGAGGGCAAGUCAGAGUUGGACUCACCGCUGCCCACCAGAUGCACAGCAGUACACACUCUGUGACCAGCACAUAAGUAAUAAAUCUUGCCAGUACUCCAAUGUUGUGUCACAGUACAAUUUUUGCCAACAUGCCCAUAGUAGAGAGGAAUUGAAAGAGUGGGAGGAACGCAAGAGAGAAAACAAAGCAUUUCAUAGUCUUAAGAAAGAAGAGCACAGGGAUUUUUAUGAACUGUAUAAAAAUAUACUUCACUGUCAGACAAAACCAAACGAGUUAAAAGAGUUGGUCACUGAUACUUGUGUCCCGGGUGUAAAGGUAGAGGUUAAACCCAGCCUUGGUAGUACAACUGGACCAAUGGAACUCCAUCAGCAGCAUCAGGUUCAGGAGGGGAGAACACUUCAGUGGAAUUUUCAGGUCAAAAUAAAGGAUAAAACCAAAAGAUUGCAGAAAGUGUAUCUUCUGAGGGACAGAUUCAGAAGUCACUUUCACUUCAUCAACAAAAGUGAAAAUGCACAGGUAAUUCAGUUCAACUCUGACAGUGGCAGCAAAUAUGUAUUCGGUGUAGAAUUUACUAGUCAUGGACAGCAAGGCGCCUUUGAUCAGUGGCUCAUCCUGGAUUUUGGUGACCGACCUGUGCUGCGGAUGGUUCUGAAAGUGGAUGCUGAGACAGAUGCAUGUAAAUUUAACACAGAGGAUGUCUCACAAGCUGGUUCUACUUGUAGCCUAAGGCUAAGGCAACCAACUUGCAUGAAUUGUGAUGCUGAGGAUGGAAGCGAUGAAACAGAAUCUUCGGUAUUUGAAGAAUUGGCUGCUAAGUACCCCAUUGUGGAUUGGCCUCUGUGUUAUAGUCACAGUGGUAAAAUCAACUUUUUCUCCUAUAAGAGCAUGAUGCACACAUAUUUAGAGGAGCAAAAAAGAAAAGAGAUGGACAUUGUUCAUGGGAAAGCCACUAUCUUAUCACUCAAGCUUCACAAACAACUUCCUGUGAAGAUUCAUGAGAGCAAACAUGAGACUGAUGGUUGUAUUUUUGGAGAGGUAAAGCAAGACCUCUGCGAUUUGGAACCAGCCCUUUGCCAACUCCUUCUCACAGCUGUCAGCAAAGUCUACCUUCAGCCUGAUAAAGAAAUCAACACUGGGCAUAUAUGUAAAGCCACAGUGCUAAAUUAUGCUGACUAUCUUGCAACAGGAACUCCAAGAAAAGCUCUGUAUAUAAGGAUGUCUCAGAAAUGUGCCACAAGGUUGAAACUUGAAGGAGAUGUUGCCACUUUGAGGAUGCAGUUUGUUUUCAACACCACUCUCUUUGAUUUGAUGCACCAGUCACUUGAAAGGACUCAGAACUGUUUGCUGUUUCCUGAUUGGAAUGUUCCCAUGGCUGCUGUCCUUCCAGGAAAGUUAAGAUGCAAGCCAAAUGAGCUGUCAGAGGAGAAAAGGAAAUGUAUUGAACACAUAUUGUGUCAGGCUCCAGGGAACCAACACGUAUCACCUUUUGUUGUGACUGGACCUUCUGGAUCAGGAAAGAGCUUUACCAUACAGCAGGCCAUAGCUCUCCUGGCCAAAGAUAUGAAGAGAAAGGUUCUCAUAUGCUGUAAAAAGUCAAGUGAUGUGGACGCAUAUGUCAUGGAUUUGGACAGAAGGAUUAGUGGUGGAAUGCUUCCCUAUACAAGUAGGCCUCUAAGGAUACUAGGUCUGUCCUCCCCUGUCUGCCUACAGCCUGAAGUAGUGCAGUACUGCAGUCAGCAUCCCAGUCCAACUCAAAAAGAAGUAGAUGAACACCGAAUUAUUGUUACAACACUGACAGCCUCUCUCUUGUUGAGGAAAGAUGUCAACAAAUUCCCUGCUUUUACCCAUGUGAUAAUUGAUGGCAUGGACAAAGCAAAUGAGACUGAGAGUAUCAUCCCACUGAUGUAUGCCGAAUGUACGCAGACAAUUGUUGUUUUGACUGUUGACCCCAUGAUGUGUGUGUCCCCUAGUGUACACGUGACACCUAGAUCAACAUCACAAAAUGAGCUUAGUCACUUCCUGACAGACCGGCUGAAGAUGCUGCAGGAAAAUGAAAACCAGAUGUACCUGUUCCCUCUGAAAAGGCUCUCAGGAAAAUCUUUUGACAUCAUACAUUUUCUGUCAAAUGCUUUUUAUGAUGGCAAGCUAGAAGUAGAGAAUGAAUAUCCUGGCAGUCCCAGUGCACUAAGCUUUUACUACAAAAGAGGUCUGGAAACACCGCAGGGACUGUCUUAUUUCAAUGAAGCCGAGGCAAAAGAGGUGUUUGAAGUUGCUCAGGAAAUAGCCGCUUUCAGUGAAGACAUAGCUGUUAUUUCUCCUUUUCUGGCGCAGGUAAACCUUCUUGAGAAAUACUUUGAUGGUCUCCCGAAGCCAAUAAGAGAAAAAGUGACCAUUUUGUCUCCAGAAUCAGUUCCAGGCACACAAUUUGAAAGUACUCUGCUGAGUACUGUGAGAACCCCACGCUAUGUGACAGGUCCAGUAGACUUUGGAAGUUUGGAAGAAAGAAAAACUUUGAACUCGGUGUUUGCCUGUGCACGCUUACACAUUGUUGUGUUUGGAGAUCCAUUUCUUUUGUCAAAAGCAAACCAGAAUGAUGUUUGGAAACACUAUUUUAGAAUUUGUGAUGAGAAAGGAACCCUUUCCCCAGAAGAUCUAUGUUUUGAGAAAAUUGACAACUUGCAAAUGUUUACCCAACCAUGUGCAAAGUAUAAGCCACCAGUGAUAAAAGGCAAACGUAAAAAGCUAUCUCAUGAUGGAAUCUCUGCGGAUAAAGGUGUUUUAAGUGACAGUGAAGGUGACUUUGGGGAAAUUGGCACAGAGCCAGAUUCCUUGGCUGAAAAGGUNUAUCAACACUGGGCAUAUAUGUAA